AUGUCUGUUCCCCAACCACCUGUUGAGGAAGUUAAAAACUUGGCUGUAGUUGACCCUGCAGGUACUGAACCUGUUAUCUUAGGUGAAGAUGGUCAACCAUUAUCUAAAAAGGCAUUGAAGAAGUUGGAGAAGGAAAGAGAAAAGGCCAAGAAGAAGGCUGAAAGAGAAGCUCAGUUGGCCAAAGAAAAGGCUGAAAAGGAAGCUGCUGCUGCUGCUGAAGCUGCCAACGAUCCAGCAAAAGAUAAUUUCGGUAAGCUACCACUAAUCAAUUCAUCUGUUAAAUCAGGUAUUCAAAGAGUUAAAUUCAAUACCUUAACAGCUGCUAAUGAUGGAGAAGAAGUAGUUUUCAGAGCUAGAGUCCAUAACUCAAGACAACAAGGUGCUACCAUGCUUUUCGUUGCUUUGAGACAGCAAUCUGAUUUGAUUCAAGCCUUACUUAAAGUUGAUGGUCAACAAGUAUCCAAAUUCUUUGUUAAGUGGGCUAGUAGUCUUAAUUUGGAAUCAAUUGUUGUUGUACACGGUAUUGUAAGAAAGGUUGAAGUUCCAAUUAAAUCUGCUACUGUUCAAGACGUUGAAAUCCAAGUCACAAAGUUUUAUUCCAUUUCUGAAACUCCUGAACAAUUACCUCUUUUGAUUGAGGAUGCUUCCAGAAGUGAAGAAGAAGCCACCAACUUGGGCUUACCUGUUGUUAACUUGGAUACCCGUUUAGAUGCUCGUGUUAUUGAUUUGAGAACCCCUACCAAUCAAGCUAUCUUCAAGAUCCAAAGUGGUGUAUGUGAAUUGUUUAGAGAGUUCUUGAGCAACAAGGGUUUCACUGAAAUCCAUACUCCUAAAAUCAUUGGUGCUGCAUCCGAAGGUGGUGCCAAUGUUUUCGAAGUUAGUUACUUCAAGACUAAGGCUUUCUUGGCUCAAUCUCCUCAAUUUUAUAAGCAACAAUUGAUUGCAGCUGAUUUCGAAAAGGUUUUCGAAAUUGCUCCAGUUUUCAGAGCUGAAAACUCCAACACCCAUAGACAUAUGACUGAAUAUAUUGGAUUGGAUUUGGAAAUGGCUUUUGAAGAACAUUACGAUGAAGUUCUUGAAGUUUUAGGGCAAUUGUUCAUUUUCAUUUUCGGUGAAUUGAAGAACAGAUAUGGUAAGGAAAUCGCUACUGUUCGUAAGCAAUAUCCAGUGGAAGAAUUCCAAGUUCCAGCUGAUGGUAAGAUGGUUAGAUUGCAUUUCAAGGAAGGUGUUAAAUUAUUAAGAGAAGCUGGUAAGGAUGUUGGAGAUUUUGAUGAUUUAUCCACUGAAAAUGAAAAGUUAUUGGGUAAAUUGGUUAAGGAAAAGUAUAAUACUGAUUUCUACAUAUUGGAUAAAUUCCCCCUUGCCAUUAGACCAUUUUAUACUAUGCCUGAUCCAGAGGAUCCUCGUUAUUCCAAUUCUUAUGAUUUCUUCAUGAGAGGUGAAGAAAUCUUAUCUGGUGCUCAACGUAUCCAUGAUCCUACUUUAUUGAAGGAAAGAUUGAAUGCUCAUGAAGUUGCCUUUGAAGGUGUUCCUGGUUUACAAGAAUAUGUUGAUGCCUUUACUUAUGGAUGUGCUCCUCAUGCUGGUGGUGGUAUUGGUUUAGAAAGAGUGGUCAUGUUCUUUUUGGAUUUGAAGAACAUUCGUCGUGCAUCUUUGUUCCCAAGAGAUCCUCGUAGAUUAAGACCAUAA